AUGGCUGAUCUCUUAACGGCGGUUUCUACUAGCAAGAUCAACAGUAGCGAGCCUUUCAUCCAAGAAGUUGGGAGCCUAAAUGCACAAGAUGAUGCAGUGACCAUCGACUCUGCAGAAUCAGCACUGAAAGCGUUGAAAAAUCAGCCUAGUCGGACAGUCGUAAACAGUGUACUGGAUCACCUCACUACAGAAGGGUUUAGCCUCUUACUUCCGGACCCACUCAAUGCAAGCAUCGCACAUCAGCUUGUGAACGAUACCAUUCCCAACUACUGGAGAUUAAUCAAAGGACAAAAAGAAUCAAAGAAGAUUGGAAAAAUUCUUCGAAAUCCAACGAGUCUGGGACAUAUUGUCACAAGACUACGGUCGCUCAUUGCGGAUAGUCGUCAGAAAAAGAAACCCGGAGAAGAGCGGAAUACAACCGAACACAUCUUAGAUGCGCUAGAGGUCUUAGAUCUGACACUACGUGGCAAUGAGACGUCUUUUCUCAUAUUGCAAGAAGUUCUGCUGUUCGGCAAGAACGCCAUACAGAAGAAGCUUAUAUGGAAAGAGUAUCUUGCCCAAGUAAUAUCGGGACGUCUACUUUCGAUUGCAGCAGAGGCUGAGGAUGUUCUGAAGAAAAACAAUGACGUACCAAGAGUCUCCAUCUGGCUUGCAGAAGGCAAGGAGUACGCAGAAUGGCUAGGCCGGAACACAGCUGUUUUGCUAGAGCGCGGGUCCGAAAGCGAUGAUCACCUCACUGCUACCGCAGAACUCUGCUCUAAGGCCUUGGGGUUAGGCUACACAGAUCAAAUUGUGAGCUCGCUACUUCUGACAAUAACCAGCGAUGCUCGCGUUGAGCAUCUCGUGCGUUUGUUGUCGCACAUGAAGACCUUUGAGCAGCGCAAGUACAUGAAUGCAAUCAUCACAUUUGUGGCCAAGCAGUAUUUCUCAAACAAAGUCGUCAGCAAAGACUCGCCGAUUGCAUCCUCUCCUGUUAUAGAGGCUGCUGCUGGUUUGUUUCAUGGUCUAAUUAAAGAUAACGAUGUCCUCAAAGAACACCUUAUCUCAACACUUACAAGAUCAACAAUACCCGUACUAGAUGAUUCGCUGUCAGCUCGGCGAAGUGUCGUAGCUGCUUUGUCGAAAGAUCAUGACAAGUUACAUACCCUUUUGGAAAAUCUAAUCAAACUCUUUGGAGAUUCAGUCUAUAUUAGGCAUACCCCAGUAUUGCAACAAGAAGCUCUUGCUCAAACUUUGGCACUAUGUAGUGGCUAUGUCAAGCGUUCAGAACCUAUGUUUCUUACCAUGAUGGCAAAGUCGUCUCAUCAUGUCAACGGAAUGUCAAACCGCAUCGGCGCUGCGUCUGCGCGAGCCCGUUUCUUAGGAAUAUCUGUCGGUAUUGCUAUCUCCAAGAUGGUAGAUAAACCUGAGUUGCAACUGAAGAUUGAGCUGGAGGGUGCAGAAGCUGAAGAAGCAAGCUGGUAUGAGCGGCUCACCAACAUCGACGACAAAGUUGGAAAUGCUACAGACCUCAAGACCCAGCAGAGCAGCGCAGUCUUAGUGAAGAAGACGCAUCCGAAACCGAAAUCACUUCCCAAGACCUUAAAAUCUCCAGCGAUAACCGAAAUACAAGGACCACGGGUCAUUGAAAUCAUGUCUGAUUCGGAAGACGAGGAUGCAGAUUUGAUAAUGUACGAUAAACCAGAUUCUGACCCGGAGGACGACACAGAUGAUCCUACAGCCAUCAACCGCAAUAAACCCACAGCGCCCGUCUACAUACGGGAUCUUAUCGCUGGCCUUCGCGACCAAGAAAAUUAUGACCGACACGAGCUCGCUUUAGCCACGGCUGCAUCUCUGAUCCGUCGCAAAGCAAAUUUUGGAACUGAAGUGACUGAUCAUCUGGAGGAACUUGCUACAAUACUUACAAGUCUGCAAGAUAAUUCAGAGCUAGAAGAGUUUGCGCAACAAAGACAGCAAGCUCUAAUUGCUGUCCUGCUUGCCAAACCAGCGCAGAUGGCGCAGUGGUUUGCCCGGUCUUUCUUCUCUGGCGACUACAGUCUGCAACAACGCAUAGCUAUGCUCACGACCCUUGGUAUUGGAGCGCGCGAGCUGGCAGGAAUGAAAGAUGCUUCAACCGAUGACAUGAUACCCGCAAAACCAGACUUUCCUAGCAAGCAGCUUCCGCCAAAUCUCCACGGCAUGUAUGCGGAAGACAAAAAUGGGCCAUCAGUAGCGAAGAUAUCGAGCCAUAUGGCACGUGAAAUGCUUUCCCCAAUUGCAUCACAAGCAGCCGACCAACUCAGUGGGCCCAACAUCCUCAAAGUACGAACCUUUUCUUCGCGUAUGGAGGUAGAAAAGAAGCGACAUAAGCCGAUUCCGAAUGCUCUCGCUCAAAUUGUCGCGGAUAACUUCUUCUUCCCUCUUACCGGACGCUGGUGGCUGCAAGUUCGCGCUAACAAUGACUCCAUCUACACUUCCACCCACCUCUUACCACCAUUCCUCCAAACCCUUUCUAUACUCCUCAAUGCAUCAGGCCCGAAUACUCUUGCACUACCUCAGAUGACACGCGAGUACUGGGAUCUCUUACUCUCGGUCCGCGGUUUGGCCAGUAAGGACAAGAACAUACUCAAUGCCGUUUUGUUCGGUUUCCUGAUGUUGUUGGAAACGAACGAGAAUAAAGAGCGACUUGCUACUGAGCAAGGCAAAGAGCUUAUGGAGACGCAGGCUUGGGUCAAGAUGGUUUUCGACGGCUUGGGCGCUGGGAGUGAGGAGGACGAGAAGGUGAGAGUGCUUGCGGCGGGUGUGGUGGUUAGGUGUCAAGAGGUAGUUGAGAAGUAUCAGAGGAGAAUGGCGGGCGUUUUGAUGGAUUACUAG